UCGACAAUGGCUCUUGUCACGCGUUUCGUCGUUUUGAGGCUGCUCCGACUUCACCAAUACCUCAUUCAAAAUUACAUCCGAAUCGGUGUAGUUAGCACCGUACUCGCCAUCGGAACCGGCGUAAUCCAUUGGAUCAUUGUGCACCAUUCGAAAUUUUUCGUGCAACUAAACGAAAACGUGCAGGAGUUCCCGUUCGGUGUCACCUUUGGAAUCCUGACGGUCAUCCUCAUCAGCACUCUGCUCCUGUACGCACUCCAUCUGGAAUCGGUGGAAAAAUCGCACAUAAGGUCCCGCAAUGCCAUCCGCUCUCGCUACGUGGACUUCAUCAUCCUGUGUCUGUGCACUCAGAUGAACGAUGCCACCGAGAGGUACCUCUGCCAGGGUGUCAUUUCCCGGGACAAGCUGGACGCAAUGCAGGCCGAAAUCGAGGACAGCAUCGAACGGUUCCGCGAAAGUGCCCGUAAAUUGCUGAACGCCCCCGCCAGCAUCUCCCUGCAGGAGCUGGAAGACUACUUUCGCCUCAGUCAGCCCGGAAGCGACGUCGGAGAGGAGAUUCUCAAAUUGAAAAGGUCUUCUAAGCCUUUGCUUACGGAACGAAGUAUCAAAGAACUGCUCGGCAAAUGAUGAAGCAAUUGGGAGACGGUUGCGUUGCGAUCCCUGGACCAGCAUAAAUUCGAACCAAUUAGGAGAUUAUCAAAGAGGGGGAAAUAGAGAAAUGCUUUCAGAUGUUUGA